UUGAAAUGUCUCAACUCGGAAACUGAGUGCACAUGUUCUUUGCUGUGUUGUCAAACAAAACUCGUGCCCUGAAAUCACGAACGAUAUGUUCCGUCAUUAAAUCGUACAAGAAGAAGAAGACGAGCUAUAUGUGACAUUACAGGUAUGACGGUGGUGAAUGUAUCGUUUGCUGCGGCUGGAUUUUUAGGAGCAUAUCAUCUGGGAGUAACAGAGGCGUUACUGAGACACGGAGAUAAGCUGCUGUCGUCUUUAAAAGCUUGUGCUGGAGCUUCAGCUGGUGCUUUAGUGGCCACAAUACUGAUCACUGCUCCUGAUAAACUACAGCAUUGUAAGGAAUUCACCUACAGGUUUGCCAGUAAUGUAAGGAGUCAGAGGUUUGGAGCCGUGACACCAGGAUAUGACUUUAUGCUUGAACUGAGGGAGGGUAUUGAAGAGAUUCUCCCACCUAAUGCUCACCAGUUAGCCAAUGAACGCGUCCAUGUUUCAAUAACACACUCAAAGACGCGCGAGAACUGCAUGGUGUCCAGCUUCAGCUCAAGGGAAGAUCUCAUUAAGGUGCUCUUGGCCAGCUGCUUCGUGCCUGUCUAUGCUGGAGUGAAGCCAGUGGAGUUCCAAGGGCAGAAAUGGAUAGAUGGGGGAUUCACGGACAGUCUUCCUAUUCUUCCUGUGGGACGCACAAUCAUGGUGUCCCCAUUUAGCGGCCCUCAGGAUAUCUCCCCAGCUCAUAAAGGCAUAAGUAAGCUUCACCUCAGACUGGCCAACAUGAGUGUUGUGUUCUCAAAAGACAACAUCAUAAGGCUGAACCAGGCUCUGUUUCCUCCCUCAUUACCCAGACUCAAAGCACUGGAACAUCAGGGAUACCAGGAUGCUGUUCACUUUUUAAAGAAAGAAAGAUGGAUGCAGUAGCUGAUUUUCUCAUUUUUAGCUGUUUCAAGCCCUUGAAUGUCUAAAAUGUGGCAUGUUGACACCACUUUCCUGAUAGCAGUUCCUCUGUGGCAUGCAAUAUUUGCUGUGUGUAGAGUAAUAAUCGUACUUUGAUCCGGUGUCUGCUUUCAUUCUCCAGAUUAAUGCAUCAGUGAAAUACAUCAUGUAUUUUGGGAGACCAAAUGAUCAUUUUCUACUGUACAGCUUUAAAGUCACUUCUGUUCUCAGGGCACUUACAAUACACCGUGUUCCUUACAAAUGACUAAAUAAAUAUUUCUGAAACUCU